AUGUCGAAGCCAAAAGACCUGCGCACACUUAUUGAUCUCACCAAAACCACGCAAGCACUCCUCACGCACUUCCAAUCCUCUCUCGCGCCCAGCAAAGACACCACUUCGAAGUCCGAUGCCUCAGCGACUGAGAUAGCAAAUCCUCUCGAUGUCAUUAAAGCGUCGACAACACUCCUAAAAUCGCAUUCAACCACGCUGUCGCUCCUCCUCAUAAACCCACCUCUCACUCCCUCGGCCAUCAUAGCGAAGAUUGGCGAUGUGAGCUCAGGCCCGCUGAAUAGCUUGGUGGCUGCCGCCUCAUACGUACCACAAGAGGGUCAGAAGGGUGACAUCGGGAACAUAAUGCGCACGGAAGUCAAGUCGCAGGUGAGGAGGUUACUGGGGACAUGGGGAGAGGUUCUUGUCAUAAUUUUGAAGAUGGCAGAGAAGAGGCAAGAUAUGCAGGGCAAAGAUAAAGGUCCGACUGAGAGCGAGAAGCAAGAAGUCUUGUCUUCCACUGGUGUGUUAUGGGAUGCAUGCGACGCGCUGAUAAAGUUGUGCGCAGACGGUGUUGUCGGACUGGUGGUCAAGAAGGCGCAGGAAUUACGAGCAGUUCUGCUGGAUGCGAUCGAAGAGCUGAAAGAAUGGGGGGAAGACGUUGAAGAUGACGACGAUGGAGCAGAAGGCAGCGACGAUGAAGACGAGAUCUUCGGCGCUUCGAACAAGAUUGGCAAGGAUGACAAGGAGUUAAAGCAACUUCUAGACACCAGUGUCAAGAAGCUGAAGAUGGUAGGUAUGCUAUACCAAGCACUGGUCAAGAGGAGGUUAAAGACAUAUCCUGCGUCAUCCAUACUCGAACCAACUGCAGCCCCGGACGGCACCACCUCGACACCCUGCAAAAGGCUUGAUGAACUUAUGAACACCCUCAAGACGAUACCCGAGACGGUCGACGACGUUGCAGGUGCAUUCUAUGAUCUGGACGAAGAUGAGGCGAAACAAACACUUGAUAAAUGUUGUGGUGAGGCUAAGAGCGCGAUUGAGCUGGUCAAACAGAGUUGGAAUGGUGAAGAUGAUGAGUUCACAAUAUGGUCUGGCAAGUGGAUUAGUGCAUUGGAAGCUGCCUGA